CAAGUGCCUACAUCAAAUAGCAGUCAUCAACAGUCCCUCGUUGCGUGAUUAUGCUAAUUUGAGCGUGACUUUGGUAAAUGGGUGUGCACAGGGGUAUUCUACGAAAAGUGAGUAAUUUGUACUCUUGUUCUUUCUUCAAGGGCUUUAAGCAAGGUUGUUCCACUGUGAUGAGUAAAAGGAGAGCUGUUUCGACUGCCGAGUCGAAGAAAAAGCGACGAAAAGUUGAAAAUGAUGACCAAACAUUAGGAAAUGAGAGUUUAAAUUCAAACAAGGUGACGACCUUGGUCGAGAAAGUAGGAAGAGAACUUCGCAAGAAUGCCGAUCCUAAGAGAAGUCAGCCCAUGAAGAAAUACAUGAGGGACAAAUUCGAGUUCUUUGGUCUUAGCAGCCCUCUUAGAAGAAGCGUUUGUAAAGAAUUCCUGCAGCAGAAACUGUCACCACAAGAGACUAGAAAGUUUGUUGCACUUUUGUGGGCUAAGCCACAACGAGAAUUCCAAUACUUUGCCGUCGAUUAUCUUGAGAAGCACAUGGAUACCUCAGCAGAAUUUGAAGCAAACAUAGAGUGCAUCAAAGGCUUGAUCACAUCGAAGUCUUGGUGGGAUACAGUAGACGCCCUCGCUAAUAAACUUGUUGGCGGGCUCGUGAGGAAACAUCGAGAUAUCGGAAGAAAUGUGAUGGAAGAGUGGAUUGAUCAUGAAAAUAUGUGGCUCAGGAGAACUGCCAUACUGCAUCAGCUUUCUUACAAAGAGGAAACCGACGAGGAGAUGUUGUUUCGAUUCUGCAGUCUAAGGGCUGAGGAGGAAGAGUUUUUCAUCAGAAAGGCAAUUGGAUGGGCUCUGAGGCAAUACACUUGGACCUCUAGUUCCAGUGUCAAAAAGUAUUUAGUGAAGCACAAGAAAGAGUUGAGUAAUCUGAGUUUCAAAGAAGCUGCAAAGCAUUUAAACUUUUGAGAGUCUCAGUACAGGCCUUACGUAUGAAAUUUAGAUCAGUAUUUGUGGUAACUGCCCCAGG